UUUCCAUCACAAAAUAAAACACAAAUAUUUAUCUCUCGAUAAUUUUCCUUCGCUCGAAACGCCAAUACUCACUCUCCCCCCGUGUCUCCCUCUCUCUCUCUUUCUAUCUCUUGCUUUUCUCCUUAACCCUACGAAUCCGAAGCAGGAAACGCUAGGGAUAUGAUUGCAAGUUCUCAAACUUUGUUGCUGGGUCUUGUGUUCUUAUUUUGUUGCGCAUCAAUUGCAAAAGCAGAGUAUGUGAUCUAUAAGGAUCCUAAUCAACCAGUGAAUGCUCGAAUUGAUGACUUGGUGAAGCGGAUGACUCUUGCUGAAAAGAUUGGUCAGAUGACACAGAUUGAGCGAAAGGUUGCAUCAGCCAAAGUCAUGAAAGAUUACUUCAUAGGUAGUGUAUUGAGUGGUGGUGGUAGUGUGCCUGCUUCUCAGGCUAGUGCUGAAGAUUGGGUAAAUAUGGUAAAUGAAUUUCAGAAAGGGUCUUUAUCUACGCGUCUAGGGAUUCCAAUGAUUUAUGGGAUUGAUGCUGUUCAUGGUAACAACAAUGUAUACGGGGCAACAAUAUUCCCUCACAACAUUGGACUUGGUGCUACCAGAGACCCUGAACUUGUGAAGAAGAUUGGUGAAGCAACUGCCCUUGAAGUGAGAGCGACAGGUAUUCAAUAUGCUUUUGCUCCAUGUAUUGCGGUAUGCAGAGAUCCAAGAUGGGGUCGAUGCUAUGAAAGCUUUAGUGAAGACUACCACAUUGUGCGAGAAAUGACAGAAAUUAUCCCUGGAUUACAGGGUGAUCUCCCUGCAAACUAUAGUAAGGGUGUUCCUUAUGUAGCUGGAAAGAACAAGGUUGCAGCCUGUGCCAAGCAUUACGUUGGUGAUGGUGGGACACAUGAUGGAAUCAAUGAAAAUAAUACUGUUAUUGAUUACCAUGGACUGUUAAGCAUCCACAUGCCUGCAUAUGACAUCUCCAUCAUUAAAGGUGUCUCUACUGUCAUGGUCUCUUAUUCCAGCUGGAAUGGAGCGAAAAUGCAUGCCAAUCAUGAUCUGGUUACUGGUUUCCUCAAGAACACUCUCCAUUUCAGGGGUUUUGUUAUCUCAGAUUGGCAAGGAAUUGAUAGGAUCACCACUCCACCAGGUGCAAACUACACUUACUCUGUCCAAGCUGGAAUUAAUGCUGGUAUUGAUAUGGUGAUGGUUCCUUACAACUAUACAGAUUUCAUUAAUGACCUUACCUCUCUUGUUCAUAAGAAUAUCAUUCCCAUGAGUAGGAUUGAUGAUGCUGUGAGAAGGAUUCUUCUGGUCAAAUUCACCAUGGGUCUCUUUGAGAACCCGUUGGCUGAUCUUAGCUUAGUUGAUCAACUUGGGAAAAAGGAGCACAGGGAAUUGGCAAGGGAAGCUGUUAGGAAAUCACUUGUGCUAUUAAAAAAUGGAAAAUCUAUUAAUGAGUCAUUGCUUCCCCUUCCUAAGAAGGCUAGAAAGAUCCUUGUCGCUGGAAGCCAUGCUGAUAAUUUAGGAUAUCAAUGUGGUGGCUGGACAAUUGAAUGGCAGGGAGAUAGCGGGAAUAUCACAGUUGGAACUACAAUUCUUGAUGCCAUUAAAUCCACUGUUGAUCCUUCAACCACUAUCAUCUACUCUGAGAACCCUGAUGCCAGCUCUGUCAAAAACAACGAUUUCUCUCAUGCCAUUGUUGUGGUUGGGGAACCCCCCUACACUGAAACUGCUGGAGACAGCCUAAACCUCACACUUCCUGAUCCUGGUCCAAGCACGGUCCAGACUGUCUGUGGUUCUGUCAAGUGUGUUGUGGUUGUCAUCUCUGGCAGGCCUGUUGUAAUUGAGCCCUAUGUUCCAUUAAUGGAUGCUCUUGUGGCUGCUUGGCUCCCUGGUUCUGAAGGCCAAGGUGUUGCUGAUGUUUUAUUUGGAGAUUAUGGAUUCUCUGGUAAGCUUCCACGUACAUGGUUUAAAUCGGUGGACCAGCUCCCUAUGAAUGUUGGGGACAAGCACUAUGACCCAUUGUUCCCGUUUGGUUUUGGUUUGACAACCAAGCCAAUGGUUGCAAGGUCCUCUUCUUCUGCUGGUGUUGGGAGAAAGGAUGAAUACUGGAUGAUGUCUCUAUAUCUCAAUUUAUUGGUUACAUGGAUAUUAUUUAGAGUUCCGUAACUCCUGUUUCAGCCAUUCAACAUGAUUAAGACAGUAUGAUUGUGGGUUAUGUGGAUUGACAUCGGAUAGCUGUUUGAGUGGGACAAUAAGAUCAACUGUCAAGUUGCAUUGCCCUCAUGCCUAUCCAAUCUUGGCCAAAGCUUCAGCCUUGAACAUUGAUGUGGCUUACAUGCAAUACCAUUUUUGCGAUUAUGGGCUUCUGCCAAUCUAACCAGUUUUUUAACAUUCUUUGUUCAGUUAUUUUCGUAUGUUUUUGUGUACAUCAAAACUGAUUUUUCAAGGAGUAGGUUGGAACUUUUCAGAAACUGGGUAUCCUGUAUCUGCAUGCACAUUUUGGCUGUGUUUGUGCAAUCAUCUCUACUAUUUUAA